AUGAAUAAUUUAAUUAGAAUUAUGGUUCAAUUUGGCAAAUGGUUCUAUGAACAACUAUCCUAUUUUCUUACUACAGCAGAUCCUUGUACUAUGAUACAACAUAAUGGUAUCUCUCAAACAUUCCCUAAUGGUCAUCAGCUUAAUGAAUGCUUAGAUGAAAAAAAUGAAUAUGUGGAUUUAGUAAAUAAGAUCAAGGCAGGAUUAGUGAAAGCCUUAGAUGCAUUCAAAAAAUGGAUGAAUAUAUGGACCCAUCUACUACUUUCAGUUUGUAGUUUGGGAGGAAAUCAUGACCAAGCAUUUACACAGGCAGUUAUAUGUGCAGUAUUAAACUCUUGA